AUGGAAAUCAAGCUGAAAGGUCAGCCACCAAAGGCCAAGUUCUUGACCUUGGGGUCCAAAUUCCGCUACAAUGGACGUACCCAGGCACAGACCCGCCAAGCAAGCACCCUCAUAGAUAGGCCAGCACCACACUUUGAGCGUGCCUCUAGUAAACGUGUCUCAAGGAGCCUAGAUGAUGCUCUGAUUGAUGUUGUGGACCAAAGUUUUCUGAAGGAUUUUCCUGGCCCUCCGGGAGAGGGUUCAGCACUUGGCCCUGGAGCUGCCAGCUACACCACCAUUCAGGAUGGGGAUAGCCGGAGGGAUGCCAGAAGCCCCACAAAAGCCACACCCCUGCUCGCUGAAGGAAAGAGUUCACAUGAGACUCUGAAUGUAGAGGAGGAGAAGAAGCGGGCAGAGGUUGGGAAAGACGAAAGAGUAAUCACAGAAGAAAUGAAUGGUAAAGAGCUAUCAGCUGGGAGUGGUCCUGGGGAGAUUCGUAAGGUGGAGCCCAUGACACAAAAAGACUCCACCUCCCUGUCUUCUGAGAGCAGCAGCAGCAGUGAGACUGAGGAGGAAGACGUGGGAGAGUACCAGCCCCACCACCGAGUGACCGAGGGCACCAUAAGGGAAGAGCAGGAGGAGAAUGAUGAAGAGCUGGAGCAGGAGGCCGGCCAAGCAGCCAAGGUAGUAGAGAGGGAGGCAGCAGUGCCUGAAGCCAUCCCAGACAGGCACGCAGAGGCCAGGCUCCUCCCAGUAGACACAGAGGCCCAGGAACAUGUAGGUGCCCAAAAGCUACCCGGAGAGAAGAGUGCACACGGAGGCACUGUUAAGCAAGACAUGAGAGAAGAAACAGAGGAAGAGCAACACAGAGUUAACGGAGAGGUGCCCCAUGUUGACAUUGAUGUUUUACCAGAGAUUAUUUGUUGUUCAGAGUCACCAGUGGUAAAAACAGAGAUGGGAACAAUUUCUGAUGCCUCACAAAGGACAGAAAUCUCCACCAAGGAAGUCCCCAUUGUUCAAACUGAGACCAAAACCAUCACAUAUGAGUCUCCACAGAUUGAUGGCGGGGCUGGUGGUGAUUCGGGCACAUUACUGACCGCACAAACCAUCACAUCUGAGUCCGUGUCAACAACGACAACCACACACAUCACCAAGACUGUAAAGGGUGGAAUAUCUGAAACAAGAACCGAGAAACACAUUGUGAUCACAGGAGAUGCCGCUCUUGAUCACGAUCAGGCGCUGGCUCAGGCGAUUAGGGAAGCCAGAGAGCAGCACCCUGAUAUGUCGGUCACAAGGGUGGUGGUGCACAAAGAAACAGAGUUGGAGGAGGAAGGAGAAGAAUAAGAAAAUCAUUUUUUAAGCAACAUUCAACUUCAUGAACCAGAAGAACUUUGAUCAUUCCAAGUGUUAACGCCACACCACUACUCCAGCAAAUUUGUGCUACAACUGGUAACAAUGACCAGAAGCCUGUAGAAUUAAAAUGCCAACACCAAACCUUACCUUAACAGCUCUGGUCCAUACUAUUCCCAUGCAUUUCUAAUACGUUCUUUAUUUUAUAACCACUUCUAAAUACUCUUGCUUCCUCUUUUCUUUCUUUCUUUCCUUCUGUCUUUUUUUAAUUCUUUGUUUUUUUGUUAAGCGUUUUAUAUUUGUUUCCCUUUCCUACUGCUUUCUAUGACUCAUUUGCUCAAAUGACAGUGAACAAAGCCAGCCCAGGCUGGUAAGGUGCUGUUCACUUGAACAGGUGCUGUUAUGUGGAAAGGAAACUCUGUGACUAAUUUAGAUAGUAAUUUUCAUUCUUCAGGAUUGUUUCCAUUGAAUUCUUACAGUCUAUAUUUACAGUUUUCAGAUUGCAGUAAAUAUACUGCAUGAGAACAUAUUAAUACCAAUUAAAAGCAUUUCUUACAUCUUGAAAAUUUUCUAAUAUUUGGGACUUUCACUCCGAAUGAUUUUUAUACUGAGCCCUUUGACUUUCCAGUCCUGUGACUUUGUACUUUGGUGGAGUCAGAGACUCUGGACUGGAGAAUUCCGAAGCUCACUGACCAAGCACUGUGUUCAGAGACCAUCACCCACAGUGCAGUACUUCUCAGACAUA